AUGUCAGGCAAAUUUUAUCAUGGUGAUCCUAGUCGUAACAAUAAUUUUUGGGUUUAUCCACGAAAUCAAGCAUUGGUAGAUUCUCGUUGGGAUACAUACAAUGCAUCUGAUCUAUGCGAUAAUUGAGCAACAUCUACAUCCAGAGUAUUUUAUCAUGGUGAUCCUAGUCGUGACAAUAAUUUUUGGGUUUAUCCACGAGAAAAAGCAUUGAUAACUCCCCGUUGGGAUACUUAUAAUGCAGAUGAUCUAUGUAAUAAUUAUACUUAUGUUGAAACGAUUGCAUUCGGAAUAUGGGCAUAUCGAUGUAAUGGUCAUGGCACUGCGUCUGGUGGUGGUUUGUCUCAAGAUCAAGCACAAUUCUAUCAAUUAAUAUCAGAUAUUAAACUAAUAGCACGAAAAAGAAAACAGGAACCAAAUGAGAUAGAUUGGGAUGGAGAUAUAAGAAGAAAAAUUCCAGAAUUAGUAGCAUAUAUUUUUGCUUUAUGGACACUAAAAAAUGCAGAUCAUUAUUUUGAAGCUGAAGGUUUAGAUAAUCGAAAUAAUUAUCUUCCUCAACCUCAUGCAACACAAGUUAUUGCUAUAUUUCGUAUUUUCGGUAUAGUUAAUAAGAAGGAACAAUUAAAGAAUAAUUUAGUAGAAAUAGGAACUAGUGAACGAAAAUCUAUUACACUAGGAGUUACAGCUUGUAUACUUGCACUUCUUGGUUUUGAUGUAUGUUGUGCAUGUUAUAUAGUCAAUAUUUAA